AUCACCUUGACUACCUCCCAACUCUACUGAUAGUAUUCUUUUCUUAUCAAAUCCUCUCCGGAGUCCGGUGUCACAGUAUACAGAUCCCAGUUAGCUCAUUUUCAAAUUUUUGUGUUAGGACUUAGCACUUAGCAGUUACAAUAAUAUAGUCAAACAUAACUAAAAGGCUUAGUUUUUAAGUAAAAGCUUAAAGCAGUCAAUUGUUUAUGUUUACCCCUGUUGAUUUUUAAUUUUCCGUUUCGAAAAUACUAUGAGAUGAGUGCAAUAAAUUUACGUUCCGUGAAACAUGAGUUUUCUCAUCUUAAACACAAGCCUGAUGUUUUGCAUUCUGAGCUGUUUGAUGAAUUAAAAACAAUUCUAGAAUCUGCGGGUAUUUUUGAGCAAUAUGAACCAGUGAUGUCCAAUAUAAAUGAUAUUACGCUAAUCAAGAUAAUCAAGCAUGCAUGUGAUGUUUAUUAUACUAACACUUUGUAUAGUGAAGAAUCCGUUUUCAAAUUCUUAACUUUCCUUAUUCGAGUGUUUAUGGGUCAUCGUACUAGUGAUUCAGUUAAAAGAAUUAUUUCUAAAUGUUUUAAAUCAUGUCCAGAGAGAUGGCAACCAAAGCUGUAUUUAUUAAUUUCUUCUUCACUAAUUUUGCUUAUGAAAAAUGUGCAUAAUUUAUCAGAAGUAGAGUACAGGUUUAAAAUAUUGAGUGACUGCUGUGAACAGUUUCCAGUGUGUAUUACUGAUUGCAUUGAUAAUGUAACAAUAUUUUUAGAAAUGAACCUUCGAAAAGCAUAUGCUGUAUUAAUUGGAAAAAGUGCUCCUACAGAAAAGAUAUCAGCCAUCAGAUGUAUUCAUGAAGCAUUUCGCUUUUUCCUCAUCAUUCAUAGAACAUGUUUAUUUGGCAUGCAAUUACCGUUAUCGCUAAAGGAAUGUUUUUUCGAGUUGCUCGAAUGUGAUUGUUUACCAAUGGAAACUCUUUUUAACUGUACUCAGUGCAUAGUAUCAUAUUACAUAAGCACUAUGUCACAACCAGAAUGUUGGAAGGUUUGUCGGAAUCAACUUUUGGAGCGACCAGAUUUAGUUAAAUCAAGCUUAUGUGUUUCAAUAUUAAAUACAUUCACAGGAGACAACUUAAAACUUAUCGAUGAUGUCAGCGGAGUAUCAAUAUUUAGAUUUCUUUGUAACAUUGUUGUUGAAAUUCAUACUAGGAACUGUAAUGAUAGUAGUCUUAUUUUAUCUACAAGCAGAGUAAUAUUUACAAUUUCUAAACGACUGUCUACUCGUGAAAUACAAGCAGAAGACCAGGAACUUAAUUUUUUAAUCAAUUUUGUGUGGGAACACAUGGAUCAUUACAUAGAUGGUGUUAGACAUUUAUCUAGAGAUACAUUAAUUAAUAUAGUCAAAUUGAAAGAUGAGUACUUAUUGAAUAAAGUAUUGCAACGUGUAAGUGAGAGUAAUAGAAAUUCUAAAGCGUUCAUUGUCGUUCUGGCCUUAUUAGUAAAUAAAAUGAAUUCUGAAAAAAUAAUAGAGAGCCUUCCAAAUAUUUCAGAAAAUCUCUUAGUAUUGACAAAUACCAGUGUUCAAGCUGCCAGUAUAUAUAAAACUUUGAUGUCCGAUAACUUUAACACUACUGAAUUUGACUUAUGGUUUAACUGUUGGCUGAAGCCAUUGUUUUAUCAUAAAGACAGCAUAGAUAUCAAGUAUAUUGAGCAAAUCCUUCAUAAGGCUGUUCAAUUGACUCUAAAUGUUUCCAAACAUUUAAAUGAUCUAAAAAGCAGUAACGAGUUACCUUUAAAAAUAUCACUUAUUCAUUUUAAGAUUGAAAAAGAGAUGCAACGACUCAAUGCUGAUAGUUUUAACUGGAUAAACCAAAUUACUGUAACAACAAUGAAAACAGCUCUUCAUGAUAAUGAUGAAAAUACACGUUUUAUUGCUGUAAAUCUUAUUCUGGAUAGUCAUAAAUCGACUCAAAUAUUUAUGAAAGAUGAACUCGAGUUAAUGAAAUACUUCAUUACAUACAAUGUCAAAACUGAAGUGUCAUCAACAAGACAAAUCCAUUUAAGUCUUGUUAAAAAACUCUUGGUAAGGAUGAAGGAGAGUCAGUUAUCAAUUACAGUGAGAAGUGACGAAACACUUCAAAUAUCAGUAGUAGAAAAUUACACACACUUUUAUAUCUGGUUGUUGAAUUUUUGUUUCAAAAAUCUGUUUUUCCAUGAAAACUUUGCAAGACGUACAUUUGUUCUUGGUAUUUUUCGGCUGAUUCAAACAUGUUUGUCACCUAUAACUAUUUCAGAGUUUUAUAGUGAAAAAAAUAUUUUAUUAUUAUUAAACUGUCUAUGGGAUGAUUAUGAGCAAAAUAAAAUAUUGGCAAAAGAUAUAUUGAAGAACAAUACGCAAGAAAAAUUUAAAAUGCCUGUUGGAACUGUGGCUGAUGAUUUACUUAAAUCUGUGAAACUAUUGAUGUCGAGUACAAAUCCAUCAGAUUGCAUAACGGCUGGAUACUUAUUAGAAGUAAUGAUUUAUUUAUCUCCUGAAAACUUUGAAGAACAUACAUUUACAGUUAUAUCAGAAUUUAUGGUUGAACUAAAAAAGGAAAUUAUGUUGGCUGAAGAAAGUAUUACGUUGGCAUCUGCAAAAGGUCCAAUGUAUGGAAUAAUUCAUACUAUUAGGCAUAUAAUAAAUUCCUUAAAUUGGCAAACUCUUUCAAACAAAAAACAUUGGGUCAUGCUUAUUGAAGAUAUAUCAAAUAUUUGUUUAAAAUGUGAAAAAAUUGUUUCGGUAGUAGUUAACGACUCAUCUCCUGAAGGUCUCGUUCCUAUGGAUGGUUUAUGUCAAAAUGAUUGUCAAGUCACUUCACAAAUGGUUUUAUUAUGUUGUUGGCGUACGACUAAAGAGGCAUCGCUAAUGUUAGGUGAUAUUGUUGGUAUAAUUGCUUUGCAUGAACAAAAUUCAGACAAAUCUGAGUUUAACAACUCAUUAAUAGUAGAAAUUUGUUCUUGUUUAACUAUAUUGUUAUCUGAAACCAAACAUCGAGGGGCAUUUGAACAAAUAUUUGUUGCAUACUCAAAAGUGUGCUCAGUCUUGUGGAAAUCACCAAAAUUACAUUAUAUUCCCUUAGAAUAUCUUGAAGAUGUAUUGACAGAGAUUAAAAGUGGUAUGAAUGAAAAGUUUUGUGUUACAAGAAGAAGCGCUGGAAUGCCAUUUAUUGUUCAGGCUCUUAUUUGCACAAAUCACGAUAAACGGAAGGUUGUUAAUUACACAUUAGAAACAUUGAUUAGUGUUUGUGAAGUUCAACAUGAAACCGAAAUUCUUAAAACUGGAGUGGUUCACGCAUUAAAUGUUUUAAGAGCAUUAUUUCGCUGUUCUACUCUAGGAGAAUUUGUUGGUCCAUUUGUAUCGAGAGCAAUAAUUGUGUCAAUUAUAUUGUUUAACUCAUCGUCUUGGCCAGUGCGCAAUUCAUCUACUCUUUUACUAAGUGCUUUGAUGACUCGUGUGUUUGGAGUUCCGAGAUCAUCAACUGAAGUGUCUUGGAAAAACUGUAUGAACGGUCGAGUGUUCUUCGAAAGAUAUCCUGAGCUAUAUGACACAUUUUUAAGUGAAUUCAAAAAGUUUUCACCUACCGAUUUAAGACCUUCAUUAUAUCCGACUUUAUUAAUACUAGCAAGGUUAUUUCCAACAUCUAAUGAAGCUACAGAUUCGGUUUUCCCAUUAUCUGUUUACAUUCCAUACAUUUUCAAAUGUGCUCAGAGUCCAGUUAUGAAAACUAGAAUGUUAGCUGCAACCUCAUUGACACCGCAAAUAACUAUAAACAAUUUUGUUGAACAUAUCAAUAUUACGGUUAAUCGACUUUUAAACAAUCAUUUGGAGGAAAACUCAGUUCAUGGGUUGCUAUUGCAAAUGUCAAGUUUGGUACAGAACUUACCAAAUCUUUCACAAAAUGAUUUAAGCAAACUAGUAAAUUUGUGUGAAAGUAUUUUAUCAGAGUUUGAUCUUUUCAUUUAUUCUUUUGUAACUCAAGAAGUGUUUUUAAGAUGUAUCACUUAUCUAUGGAUUCAACUUGACAAUUUACAAUAUAGCUGUGUUAAUAGCAUUUUUAUGAAAACGUUGGACUCUAUAAUUACAGUAUUUCAGUCAAAUGUAAUUGGUCGCUCGAAAUUUUUAGAAAGUGGAAUAUUGUUUCUAUUUUCUGUUUGCACAAAAGCGAAGAUUGAUUUUUCCAAUGUCAUGGUAAAAUUAUUAUCCGUCGGAGUAAGAUGUGAGACAAGUUUUGUGAUUUUAGAAAUGGUGUUAGAUAAUGAAAAUCCAAAUGACAUUUGUGGCACUCUAAAGCAAAUUCAAAAACAUAAGAAUUGGGAUCGCAAAAUAUUACUUGAACAUCUCAUGGCCAAUAAUAGUCUUAUUGAAUUAGUUUGCAAACAUUGUUCAGAAAAAGGCAGUUUGACCGAGAUCAAGUAUAAAGUAUUGUCAAAUUAUCCACCGUCGUUGGACUUAUAUUUCACCAAGUAUGAAUCUAUUAACGAUUUUAUAUUAAGAGCGUUUACUCUUAGACAGGAUAAUGAGCUCGCACAAGCAUUAUCCUGCAUACACAAUCAAAUGAUAAAAAUGGAACCUCCACAAUCUUGUGAUUGGAUUAAAUUGACGGAGUUAUUAGAAUAUGUCUUAUGGAGCCAAAGAUAUGAUAGUUGUAAAUGUGUUUCCAUUGAUAUAAUUGUGGACAAUUAUAAAUCAAUUUUAACUGAAUGUUUGUCAAAUAUUAAACUAUUACUCAAACUAUGGACUAUGUUAAUACGAUGUUCUGAAGACGACAGUAAAGAAGUCAGAUCUCGUGUCUGGAGAUUUGUUGAUGAGCAUGCAGUUUGUACAAAAGCAUUCGAGUCCCUGUUUGAAAAGUUUUCAGAACUCUUUAAUGAAUAUCCGUCCGCUGUUCUUACAGCUCUGACAUGUUGGGCUUAUUUAGAUAUUAAACUUCCACAAGAUCGCCCUACAGAACAAGUAUUUGAUGGUGGAGACACUUGCGAGUUCAAAGAGCACAUGGUUCGACAGACGUUAGCACUGAGUACAUUAAGUAAAUUGACAAACAAUCAAGACGAAUGUAUGAAUUUGGAAAUUGAGAACGAUAUCCACGAAUGGAUAGUUGAAAAUUGGUUAAAUAUUGUUGAUGUCAGCCAUACAGUAAUUAAGCUUACCACAGUUGGAGAUUUAAUAAGUUAUGCAAAAGAUUUUAACUCAAGAAUUAUUAGUGUAUCCGAAAUGACAUAUCCUUUCCAAUUAAUUGCACAUCAAAAUAUGUGCUGAUCUAUGUGUAUACUUUUAAUUCAAUAUUAAAAAUAACUGUUGAUAUCUGCUAACAUUUCAAUUAUCUUGUAAAACUUGAUUAAUGAUAUUUAGUGGCAAUUGUUUUAGCCUAUUUAAGAUGUAAUCAUGUAUUCAUAACAAACAAUUUGUGUACAUAAAUA